CUAUAUAAAAGCUGUCUGGCCAUCACUUCUGCUCCCUCUUCAGAAUUCAACCCAUCAUCUUCUUUUGCUCUUUUCAAUACUCAAGCCAAUUAUCAUCUCUUCUUUUGCUUCAACUCUGAAGUUUAAAUUCCUUACCAUCUCCUCUGCUUCGAAGCUUAAACCGGUUUUGGCAAUCCAGUACAAUUUCUCUUUCACAUCAUUCCUCAAACCUCGACCAUGAGCACGUCAAACAGGAAAGGCCGUAGUGGACACCACUCCAGGGGCAAAUACAGCCACAGCGACAAACGUGAAGAAGAGGCCCCACCCGAAGUGUUCAGCCGGACCCUGUCCAUCGUAGUGUACAGAGGUGACCCGAUUGAUUCACACUUGAACCGCCACACAGCUUUCUACAUCGAAUAUUCGGAUGGCUCGAAUGUGCUUAGCUACAUCACAGGAGCUUCUGGCUUCUUCGAAUUCGAUAGAGAUGGAACGAAGCUAGGCCUCCACAGCAAAGUGCGACAUUUGAGCGUGGAAUUCCAGUUGCGACAAUUCAAUCGAGUACUCCCCAGGACUUAACCAUACGAGACAUACUUUACAACACUCCAAUUAACAACACUGAACGAUCCUGGAACUGUCAACACUGGAUUGGUGAUGGUUUGAAGAGGCUACAGGAGGCCGAUAUUAUACCAGAGAAUAUUGUCAAUAACGCCGCAGAUCAGAUGGUUGAUGUCCUGAUGGAAGCACCUAUGGAGGAUCCCGAAUGAUCCAUGCGGUACUGGCAAUGAGAUUCUUUGGUUGAACGACUGACAUUGGGUGAAGGUUUGAUUUUGGUCGAAGGCUAGUUUUUGGUUACAAGGUUGGUUUUGAU